CGUCAUAAUUAUGCGCCAGAAUGACGUGUCCGAUGCCCGGCGAUGAUGUCAUGUGACCAAGAGCCUUACCCACCGGUGUCACCGGCUGCACCAUUCACCCCCCUUCCUCGUCGCGGCGCGUGACGUCAUCGCACCCGACCUCACGCUUCAGGCGGAAGUGCCGUGCGUGACCCGGAAGUGGUCGGCCUGGGCUGAAGCUGCAGAGAAGAGGAAAAUGCCUCUGCCUGUGCAAGUGUUUAACCUGCAGCAGGGCGCAGUCGAACCCAUGCAGAUCGACGCCGACCCGCAGGAUGACCAGCAGAACGUGCCGGACAUCAAUUAUGUCGUGGAAAAUCCAACCCUGGAUCUGGAGCAGUAUGCCUCCAGCUACAGCGGCCUCAUGCGUAUUGAAAGACUGCAGUUCAUCGCCGAUCACUGCCCCCAGCUGCGCGUCGAGGCCCUGAAGAUGGCCCUGUCCUUCGUGCAGCGCACGUUUAACGUAGACGUCUACGAGGAGAUUCACCGGAAAUUGUGCGAGGCUUCCAGGGAGUUACAGAAUGCCCCAGAUGCCGUCCCCGAAGGUUCGAUGGACCCGCCGCUGCUGGACAACACAUGGGUGGAGGCAACCCGCAAAAAAGCCCUUCUAAAACUGGAGAAACUGGACACCGAUUUAAAGAAUUACAAAGGGAAUUCCAUCAAGGAAAGCAUCAGGAGGGGUCACGAUGAUUUGGGGGAUCAUUAUCUGGACUGCGGGGAUUUAAGCAACGCUUUGAAAUGCUAUUCUCGUGCUCGGGACUACUGCACCAGUGCCAAGCAUGUCAUCAAUAUGUGCUUAAAUGUCAUCAAGGUCAGUGUUUAUCUGCAGAACUGGUCUCAUGUCCUCAGCUAUGUCAGUAAAGCAGAAUCAACUCCUGAAAUCGCAGAGCAAAGAGGAGAACGAGAUAGCCAAACCCAGGCUGUGCUAACUAAACUAAAAUGUGCCGCCGGUCUAGCGGAAUUAGCUGCUCGGAAGUACAAGCAGGCAGCGAAAUGCUUCCUACUGGCCUCGUUUGAUCACUGCGACUUCCCCGAGCUCCUGUCAUCCAAUAAUGUUGCCGUGUACGGAGGUCUUUGUGCUCUCGCUACGUUUGACCGUCAGGAGCUUCAGCGGAAUGUCAUCUCAAGCAGCUCAUUCAAGCUGUUUCUAGAGCUGGAACCUCAAGUCCGAGAUAUUAUCUUCAAGUUCUAUGAGUCCAAGUAUGCUUCCUGCUUGAAGAUGCUGGAUGAAAUUAAGGAUAAUCUUCUUCUCGAUAUGUAUCUAGCACCUCACGUCCGGAUUCUUUAUACUCAGAUCCGGAACCGAGCCCUAAUCCAGUAUUUUAGCCCGUACGUCUCCGCAGACAUGUACAAAAUGGCGACUGCCUUUAACACCACGGUGUCUGCGCUGGAAGAUGAGCUGACUCAGCUGAUCCUUGAAGGCUUAAUAAACGCUCGCAUUGACUCUCACAGCAAGAUCCUCUAUGCUCGAGACGUUGAUCAGCGUAGCACGACCUUUGAAAAAUCAUUACAGAUGGGAAGAGAGUUUCAACGACGAGCCAAGGCCAUGAUCUUACGAGCUGCUGUUCUGCGGAACCAAAUCCAUGUUAAGUCCCCCCCACGGGAAGGAAGUCAAGGAGAGCUGACGCCAGCAAACAGUCAAACCCGACUCAGCACCAACAUGUGACCGCGCCGUUCACCGGCACUCCUGGCUCUGCCGCCCUCACAGAACUGUUUGGGGCGAUCGGAUGGAACCCCUGAGACCUGUGACCUGCUCCACCUGCUUGCGUCGACCUCCCGUAGGCUUCCUUGUGUGCGCGUGGGCUUGUCGGGGGGCUGCGUGGUUUGCGUCUCCUUGGCAUCGUUUUAUUGGACACGAUCAACUUGCCGUCUCCAGUGGAUUUGGUGGAGUUAGUGGCCUAAGCCUCAUUCUGUAUCUGGUUGCUAGCGACUGUAUGGAGGCAGGACAGGGAAAUAAGUCUGUGAUCGACGCAGUCAUUUUUCUUCCACUCGGUGAAUUCUGAGUCUCACCUGCCAGAUGCCUCCUCGCUCUCCUUCAUCAGCCUCUCUGUCCCGGCCUCUGCUUUCCAGCACUUUGCCUGCUUUGGACCCUUCCCUUUAUAUCCAUGUAGUCUCUACCUGUACCGCUUUCUCUCUCCCACUCCUAAAGUAUCUAUUUUUGUUCAAACCUCCCUCCUUCAUCUUUUUUCUUUCUCUGCCUGGCUUGACUUGUCUCUUCUUUCCAUCCAUGCCAUUUACCUCUCUAUCCAUUGUUUUUUUUGUUUUUUUUUUGCCCGUUCUUGGUCUUCACCGUCCUCAGCUGUCUACCCCGUCCCCGUUUCUGUUCCCUCUCGCGCUGUCCCCUCUAUCCUGCUCCAUCCCGCUCCCGUUCUUUCGGCUCCUCUCGCCCCCUGCCCAUACCUGAGCUCUGGAAAUGUUCACAGCGCAGUGCCCAGGCUCUGCUCUCAUGCCGUUGGCCCGUGUAUCCUCACCUGACCGCUUUACGGGACGAACCGCUCUUGGCCCCCCGGUAGCGUUCAUAUUUAAAUGUUCCCUGUUUCCUCUGGUUUCUGUUUUGAAUUAAAAUUAUUGCUGUUUUUGCGC